GUAUCCAACUAUCCGAGCCAACAUGUCGUAACAAAGAAACCAACGAAGAAGUAGACCCAAGACUUUGUAAUUUAUCAAUCCGUCCGCGUACGAAAGCAAAACAUUGCAAUAGACAUCCAUGUCCCAUUGUGUGGGACACUGGGAAGUGGGGGCCAUGCUCCGCAACGUGCGGGACGGGUGUCCAGUCUCGCCCAGUCUUCUGCGUUCAGGGAGGUCCCAACGGAUCCCGGAUCGAUGUCAAAACUGAAUUCUGUCCGCGGCACAAGCCAGUUACUGAAAGAUCGUGUACAGUAGAAGAAUGUCCAAGAUGGUUCCAAGGACCGUGGACUCCUUGUUCUGUAACUUGUGGGGAAGGUAUUCAAACUCGAGCUGUCGUCUGCCGCGAUACUAAAAGCCAGUAUAGUGAACUUUGUGAUCAUAACGAGAUGCCAAGACCUCAGAAAAAUUGUGACUCUAAAACCAUUUGUCCGUUGCCAUCUCAUACGGAAGAAAUAACAACACCUCCUCCUUGCAUUCAAACUCGGGCUGUUGUCUGCCGCGAUACUAAAAGCCAGUAUAGUGAACUUUGUGAUCAUAACGAGAUGCCAAGACCUCAGAAAAAUUGUGACUCCAAAACCAUUUGUCCGUUGCCAUCUCAUACGGAAGAAAUAACAACACCUCCUCCUUGUGUAUAUAUUCCAAGUACUGAAGAUGAGCCAUCUACAACUGUAACUGAAGAAACAACCACAGUUACAGAACCCAUUUUAUAUUUAACACAUGCUCCAGCAAAUUUGACGUCUACUAGCACUUUUUAUUUUGUCGGGCCUUGGGGUCGUUGCAAUGGGCAAGGCUAUCGACGAAGAAUUGUACACUGCCAAAUAUUUUUAGACAUCACUAACACUGUGGCAAGACUACCUGAUUCCGAGUGUUCAGAAAUACGUCCGACUGACAUGGAAUCUUGCACGAACUCCUGUCCUCCUCCGCACCCACCUCGAAAACAAAUUGAAAUCGAAAAAGAAAGUAUAAUAGAAGAAAUCGAAGAAGAAAAACCCUUUUAUUCUUGGAAUACCGAAAAGUUCACUCCAUGCUCUGCAUCCUGUGAUGGAGUCUAUGGGCUUGACCUAUCGUUCUUGAUGGGAUUGUAUCAGGAGUUGCACGAAGGCCUCUCCUGGGGGGACGGUUGCUGCAACCUGUGUAAUUUGCAUUACCGAUGGGAUGUGUCAGAGUUUGGAAACUGUUCUCAAGAAUGUGGAGGUGGUUUGAAAACACGACAAAUUAAAUGCAUAUCGCUGAAAGAUGGUGAAGAAACGUCUUCAACUCGAUGUCCUGGCCAGCCACCAAAAACUUCUGACACAUGCAAUGUGUUUGAUUGUCCACCAGCAUGGAAGGCUGAAUCCUGGAGCAAAACAAGCCAUCACGGGCAUACAAAAUCAAUAAAUUUUCAGUGUUCAAGAAGCUGUGAUGGAGGUUUCCAAACACGAAAACUGCAUUGCGAAAAAAUCCUGGCACCUCUCAACCAAGCAAUUCAACUGCCACCUUCAAAGUGCCUUAAGACUAGGCCAAAAGCAGUCAAGAAAUGCAAUUUGAAACCUUGUCCGCCUUUACCAAGAACGACAACCACCACGACUACGGAAAUGCCAGUAGCAAUUACCGAGAGUAGUAACAACACGGAAACUUUGGUUGAGUCUCCUUUUGACAAUGUCUUUGUUCAGAAAUAUCCGAACAGACGCGUGACUCUAAAAGCUUCAGGUCAAGCUAUUCUUUUCAAAAGCGCAAACGCUAAGUUCCAUUGUCCCAUUGAUCCACCACUCAACAACAGCAGGGUCCUUUGGUUCAAGGGCCAUCUGCGCAUACCACCAUCUACUACAAGUGGAUGGCCACGCGUUUCAGUGUCCAGCAAAGGGGCCUUGAGGAUUCAUAAAGUCAACUUUGCUGAUGCUGGAACCUAUACUUGUUUGGCCGGAGCUUUUCGGAGCGACGUGGUACUACGUGUGAAACCUUUACCAACAAGACAGCCAGAUGCCGAAUACUAUUCAGAUACAAGCUCAAUAUCGUCUUUCUCGUCAACCUCAACUCCUGAUGAGGAAAAUCAAAGCAAAAAACUAACAAAUCGUUCUACACUGCCACAAGUUCGUCAUUUUUUAGUAAAUAUGAGACAUUUCGCUGAAGAGCGCUCUAAAUCCGAUCCAGUCAUUUUAGGAUAUGAAUGGGCUGUCGGCGAUUGGUCAAAAUGUUCACAUACAUGUGGAGAAGCAGGAAUUCAGGUCCGCACAUCUGAAUGUCGGGUUAAAGUCAUGAACAACACAGCACGAACUGUACUGAAAGGGUUGUGUCUAGAAGGUGGCCUACCUGAGCCUGCAACUAUUCGCUAUUGUCAAUUAGAACCUUGUCCAGAAUGGAUCACAGGGAAUUGGUCAGAGUGCAGUACAAAAAAUUGCUUGUCCUGGAAUACAGCUUAUCAGAAAAGAAGCGUUUUAUGCGCCGUUGCAAGCAGAACAGUUACUCCGAGUCAUUGCGACAACAGAAAACGACCACGCAGGAAAAGAGAAUGCUUUAACACCAAUUGCAAGGGAUACUGGAAAGCUGGGCAUUGGUCUGAGUGUACAGCCACGUGCGGAAAUAAAGGCUUUCGAAGUAGAAGGGUUCAGUGCUUGUGGCACAAUACUCAGGAAGCUGCUCCUAGUAAUGCUUGCAAAGGACCGCCUCCUCUUUCUUCUUCCAUUUGUGGUCGAACACCAUGCACCGAUGCAUCAGAAGAAGAAGACUGCUAUGAUCAGUCGACAUACUGCCAUGUGGUCAAAGUCAUGAAGUUAUGUGAUGCUAGUCACUUUAGGUUGCAAUGUUGUGCAUCAUGUGGACUGAAAAAAUGAAUAGCAAGUUUAUGUCCUACAGCAAUUCUCACUGCCUAUAAAGAUAGCUGUAAAGCAUGAAAUAACUAUGCAUAAGAUCUAUGCAUGAAAUAUCUAUGCAUUGAUCAAAGUAUCUUAGAAAAAAUAAAGGAAAAUAAUAUCCCUAUCAAUUAUUUCGAUUAAAAAAAAAAACUAAUAUUAAAUACAAGGUGCUUGAAUUAAAUUUCACGGCUGUGAAACUCCAUUCACUUGGAGGGAUUUGACUGGAAAAAAGCAGAGUCUUUAACAAAAUAAUCAUUCGCAUGAACAACCAGGCUUAAAGAUGCGUCAGUUGGAAAAUAGAAACUGAUCUUUUAAUCCUUAGACCUUAGUCAGUCAUCGAUCAAGGCGAUUUCGAAGGAGUUAAAACUGAAUAUCUAUUAUUCUGAUUUUAUUUAUUAAAAAAAAUUAAAUCAUUAACUUUGGCUUAAGAAUUAGAAUCUCGAGUUUACAAAUGAUUAAUUGAUGUAAGGCUACAACCUCAUAGAACUACAAAAUCAAGGGCAGAUGUUUUAAAAACCAAGAUAAAAAACGUGAUAUUUAUUACUUCGCAAAAUUAAAAAUAUAUAUACAUAUAUUACGUGAUAUUUAUUACUUAAUGUGUUCUAUUCUGUUUUGUUUCAAAAUUUCUUUUUAUUGCUUCUCACACUAUUGUAUUGAUAUAUUUCGCUAUGGCUAUGUUGAUACAAUGUUAGAAAGCACUCAUUUUUGCGGAUAUAAUCGUGUGAGCUGAUGAAGAAAUUAUAUCUCUUUUUUUUAGUAUAUAUAUUUUUAAAUAAUGUUUUUCUUCUCUUUUUUCAUUAGUCUGUAAUUUUUUUAAUGUUUCCCCUACAUUUUCCACUUCAUUGUCAAAAGUUCAGACUCACUCUUGAAUUUUUAAAAAUGAACAAAUAACAAGGUUUUUAAACUGAAAAUCACAACAAAUUAACUUCAUUUUGAUAAUUAUAGGUACACUUAUGCGGUAAGAACUAUAAAUUUAUGUAUAGCUUAUGACUUUCGUCUAAUCUUGUAGUCUUCGAAAGAUCCUCCUUUAGCCUAAGUCACAGCAGCGGAUAUUGUCGGCAUUAUUUCUAUUAGUUUUUGCAAUGUUCUAAUUGAGAUCUGGUUCCAGCAACUAAGUAGAUUCCCAAAGUUUGUUUUGAUUGAUACAUCGCAUUUUUCUAACAUUUCUAUCGAGUUAAUCCCACGAUAGCUCAAUAUAAUUAAUAUCUUGGGAUUGAGGGGGCCCAUCCAUGUAUAUCAGUACUUUUUUUUCUUUUCUUUUGAUGCAAUGUAGUUUCUACACAAUUUCGAUUAAUGUUUCGGAUCGUUAUCUUGCUGAAAAACAAAUCCUUGACCAACCAUGUCCAGAUGCAAAAGCGUAACGCUGCAAUAUUCUGUGACAUUUUUUAUCCAUAAUUCCCUCUAUUCUUUCAAGAUCUCCAACUUUGUCACUGGCAAAACAUCCUCAAACCAUGACUGAACCUCCACCAUGCUUCAGAGUUGGUAGUAAACAUUGAUUUGUCAUACGUUCACCAAUUAAAUGACGAACAUACUGCCCUCGUUUGCUUCCAAACAACUAAACUUUUGACUUGUCAGUAAACGAAACAUUUGACUACUGUUCUAAAGACCAGUUAACAUGUUUUUUGCUCAUUUAAGUAUGUUCUGUUUUUUCAAAAGAGGUUUUCUAGCAGCUAUACAACCUUUUAAAUCAUAGUCACGAGGUCGACGUUGUACAAUGGCUACUGACUAAGUUUUCUGCCUAGUAGCAUCCAAUUCCUCACGGAUUUCUAGUGUUGUUUGAGUCCGCUGCCGCUUACUUUAAAUUCAGAUAAACUUAUUCUAACGUUUGGACGUUAUUCUAGGUCUCCCUGAUCGUUGGAGGCUCUUAUUUUGGCCAGUUUUUUUCUUUGUUUGCAAAGUUCUGACAAGAGUGGUCUAGGAAACAUUAGUUUUAGAGGCAAUUUAUCUACUUGAAUAGCCUUUUCCAUGAACUGCAAUAAUAUUUGCACGUGUUUUGACUCUUGUUUUUGGUUUUUGAUCCACAAUACUGUAAAAAAUUGCAUAAAAUAAUGUUAACUUUUGUUUUUAAUAUAUACCAGUUAUUCUGUCAAAUGAAGGCUAUUAUAUCAAUAUUUUAAAUGUGUUAUGUACAUGAACUUAUAUCAUAAUGAACCUUGCAAAAUAUUAAAAGAAAAUUGCUUAUAAACAAAAAAUUAAUAAAUUUUUUUAAAUAAAUAAUUUUUUUUUUUUAGAAUAGGUAUUUACAUGUACUUUCGUUCAUUCCGCAUUCAACUACAGAAUAGAUACAAAAUGAAAAAAAUAAUGAACAGUUUUAAAGGAAACAGCGUUUUACGAAGUUUGUUGAUGUUUAUGUUUGAUAAAUUAUAUGUUUAGGUCAGAAAUAUUUAACUAUUUUUGAAAG